AUGAGGUACCACCUUAACAAGAUACCAUGUAAGGUAGCACUGGUUAAAGAUGAUUUGUCUGUGGAUAUAUGGAGAUCUCAAAAUGCACCUGACAUAAAGAUCACAGAAACAAAACCUGUAUUUUCUUUGUCCAAGUUUGUAUCAUUAUCAGAUUGCCAUAGCAUGCAAGACAUUGAGCAUUCAAUUAUAUCUUGCAAAAGUUAUCCACAUUCUAUAGCCUCUUCUGAUAGCUCUGGCACUAUUAAGAGCUAUUCAAUGCAUUCAUAUGCCAACAGUUCAUUACAUUCUGGAUCAUCUUCUAAACAUGAAAGAUCAGGUACAAUAAGCACCAAAGGAGAAUAUAGAAAUCUCACAACAUCUCAGAUUGGUCAAAAGCAAAACCAAUGUGUCUUUCUACCAAAAUCGUCAGGUGCACCGAUUCUAUGUGUUGGUUGUGGAAUAAGGACAGAGUUAUCAAUCAAGGAGUCAAAUAGGUUUACCUAUUCUGAAAUACAGCUUGCAACAAAUGAAUUUUCAAAGGAUAACUUAAUAGGUGAAGGUGGAUAUGGUCAUGUAUAUAAGGGUGUGCUUAAAGAUGGACAACAAAUUGCUGCAAAAGUAAGGAAACAAGAAAGUGCACAAGGGUUUUCUGAAUUUCAUUCAGAAGUUUAUGUCUUGAGUUUUGCUAGACACAAGAAUAUAGUGAUGCUGUUAGGUUACUGUUGCAAAGAAAAUAAAAAUAUUCUUAUAUAUGAAUAUAUUUGUAAUAAGUCUCUUCAUUGGCAUUUAUUUGAAAAUAGUGAAACAGUUCUUGAUUGGCCUCAAAGAUAUGGUAUUGCACUUGGGACUGCAAAGGGAUUGCGUUUUCUACAUGAGGAAUGUAGAGGUGGUCCUGUUAUUCAUAGGGACAUGCGACCAAGCAAUAUACUUCUCACUCAUGAUUUUGUUCCCAUGUUGGGUGACUUUGGCCUUGCCAAAUGGAAUACUGGUGAUGAUACUCUUCAAACAAGGAUAAUGGGAACAUUUGGAUACCUUGCUCCUGAGUAUGCUGAAGAUGGCAUUGUUUCUGAAGGAACAGAUGUGUAUUCUUAUGGGGUCACUUUGUUACAAUUGAUAUCAGGACGCCAAGUAGGCAAUUUCAAUAAUCCAGAUCAGCAACAACAAUCUCUCCGACAAUGGGCUGAACCAAUCAUUGAGAAGUUGGCUUUACAAGAACUGAUCGAUCCUCGUUUGGGAGAAUCAUAUGAUACAUAUGAAUUAUACCUUAUGGCUAAAGCAGCUUAUUUCUGUAUGCAAAGGAAGCCUGAGAUGCGUCCAUCAAUGAGAGAGGUUGUGCGGUUUCUUGAGGGAGAAAGUUAUCAAUUCCAGACCCUGGAAUUGGAAGGUCAAUUUGUACCAAACCAUAACAUUUGAUCAGAGUUUUCAUCUGGUCAUCAAUAUAUAUGUUGAUGUUGGUUAAUUUUGUCAAUGCUAUAGCUUAUUUGUUUGUAGUCAUUCAUGAACCAUUUUUAUGUUUCUCCCUUUCAGAGAUUUUAGUUUUUGUUUCUCCCUUGUUUGUGCUUGGGAGAUUAUUAGCUUGUAAGUUGUAAAUUAAGACUUAUAAGAUAGAUAUGAGAAAUAAUAGAUAAACUGUCAAUUUACUCUUUUAUUUAACAAUAAUCUUAUUAUGUUUAAGAUCAUGCCAC